AAUAUUCUUUUUAAAUUUUAGUUGUAUAUUUUGGGAUGUAUUCUUACUUUCACCAUUGUGAGGGCAGAUGUUGGAAGCAAAAAAGUUGAUGUUCGAUUGCCAGUUCAUAGACCAGAAGUUGUUGAUGAUAAAAAUCCUGAAAAUGUGAAUGUUUUGCUAUCGACACUUUUUGAAAUGCAUCAUAAUCUUCUUGCACAAAUCAGUCUGCUAGAAGAUAAAUUGAAAACAUCCUUGCCAACAAUUGAAAAAUCAGAAAUCAAACAUAUGGUUGCGCAUUACACAGCACAAAAGAAUAAUAUCGAGUUGAGUAUUCAUCAAAUUCAAGCCAACGAUGGAGCUGAUGUAGCACAAUCACGAAGCAUUGCCAAGGAUUCAGCAGUAGAUAGUAAAAGUAUUCCACUUAUAUUAAACUUUUUCAAGCGUGGUCAAACACCAACUCCCGAACAGUCAAAUGCAAAUAUUGGAUACUCUCUAGCUAAUCAUCCUACAGCGACGUAUGUCUUUCAAGGACCACCACCACCACCGGCACCAUUACCAGUGAAUGUUCAAAAUGGUUUUCCACAACAGGUAUACUAUCAGGAACAACCGCAACAACAAGUUGUUCCGCAGUAUGUGCCUCAACCUCAAGUAGUACAUCAUCCACAAGUUCAGGAGAUCCAGUACCAGCCGCAACAGGUACAGCCUCAAUUCCAGCCACAACCUCAAUUCCAGGUCCAGCCUCAAUUUUAUGCUAGCGCAGACCAGUCACCUCAUCACUAUCAGGAGCAACAUCAACAAGUCCAAUAUCAAGAAGUUAUUUCACAGCCUCAGUACCAGCAACAAGCGCAACAGAUUCAAGGCCAAUAUGAACCUCAGUUCUAUGCGAGUGCAGACCAAUCUACUCAACAACAACCAGAACAGGAGCAACCAAGUGACCAUCAGGAGCAAAUAAAUCAUGAAAGUGCCCAACAGUAUGUACCAACUCCUCAAGAGAUUCAGCAGUACCAGCAACAGAUGCAGCUCCAGGCACAACAACAGCCACAAAUUCAACCACAGCCACAGUACCAACUCCAACCCCAACCACAACCACAACCACAACCACAACCACAACCACAACCACAACCACAACCACAACCUCAGCCACAGAUCCAGCCCCAGCAACAAUAUUCAUUUGAAUCCGUUUUCAGACCUUCAAGUGUUCCAGUCAGACGGCCACAAGUCUCAGAAUUCGAUACCCAGCGGUACCAACAACAAGGUCCAUUCGGCCAGAAGGAAGGUAUAUUUGUCUACUAUCCCAAUGGUGUGAUCACUGAUGACAAGGAUCGUCCCACAAUUGCAAAUCGUUUUGGCCAAGCAUUCGAUCGUUUUGGUCAAGCUAUAUCAAACGCUAUUAGGCAACCCACAACAAGUCCAACAGUUGAAAACGGCUUAAGCAGUGCACCAAGAUCGGAGAUUUUGCCAGCUAAAGAUGAAGUCAAAGGAAGCAGUAAAAAAACAUCUAGCAAACAGAAACCUUUGGUGGAAAAGAAGACAAAACUAAACUCAGAAGAUACUAAAGAAGAAAAAGAAAUCUCAAAACCAUAAGACUGUAAAAUAAUUGAGCAUAUAGCGGUAGAGGGAAAUAUGUAUAAUGCAAGUACUUGUGAAUUAACUAUUUUGCAGGUCUAGACUUAAAUAAAUAUUAUAAUUAUAGAGGAAGACAUUAUUUGUCUUUGAUGAAUUUCUUUUGAAUAAAUUAAUAAAUAA